AUGGUUUCCAAAUCUGAAAUAUCACCUCUCCUCUCCAAGUCUCUCUACAUCCUCUUCAGCCUUGUAGUCCUGUUUCCUCCGAUGUGCAAAGGUUCUAACCCUCUCUCUCCUACAGAAAUCACUGCUCUGAGGCAGCAGGUGGAGACCUUACAGGGACAGCUACAACGCCUCCAGAAUGCCUUCUCUCAGUAUAAGAAAGUGGAGCUCUUCCCUGAUGGUCAGGAUGUCGGGGAGAAGAUCUUCAAGACGGGAGGCUUUGAGAAAACUGUUCAGGAUGCACAGCAGGUAUGCACACAGGCCGGGGGACAGUUGGCCUCCCCACGCUCUGCAGCUGAGAACGAGGCCGUGAGACAGCUGGUCACAGCCCACAGCAAGGCUGCUUUCCUGGGCAUGACCGACAUCCAGAAGGAGGGCACGUUCACCUACGCCACCGAGGAGCCCCUGGUCUAUUCCAACUGGGCCCCCGGGGAACCCAACAACCAAGGCGGUGUAGAGAACUGUGUGGAGAUCCUUCCCAGUGGCAAGUGGAACGACAAGGCCUGUGGAGAACAGCGCCUCGUGAUCUGCGAGUUCUGA